AUGGUGCUGUAUACGACAACCCGUCACGAGUCGAACGAUCCGGAAGAAGUGGAAAUGAGAGAUUUACAAACACUUCCCCACAAGCUGGCAACAAUUCCAGAAAAGUCGCGGAUGACGGAACUUUCGACGUUGCUCAAUACGGCGCACAUACGACCACUCUCGGAAUGGCAACAAACAACUGUCUUCAAGAGAAUCGUAACUGAAUUCAAGCUGCUGAUGAAGGAAGCUAUUAAAUUCGAGUGGCUAAUGAAGAAAUCUUCUGGGUUUUCCGAUCCGAAAAUCUCACGGAAGUCAAAAUCACAAGCGUCGACUUUCCCAACUUUCCCUUUUGAUGCAGCAGAGCACGCACAAUCAUCCUUAGAAGAUGCACGGCCUCGGCGCUUCACCGAACCGACUCCAGAAUUAAUGUUGCCGGUGGUGUUUCUUCCAGCGAUUGCUGCUGAUCCAGUAGAGAGCGCAAAGCCAUCUUUAGAAGAUUCAAAAACACAUGUCGACGAGCUGAUAAGAAUUCUAAAAGAGCUGGGGAUUGGGGACGAUCCAACGUUCCGGGAUGAAGAGCACACACGACCAUUGCCGGAAAAUUCACGAAGAAGUUACUUCGAGCGAUUCACAGCUGAAAGCGAGCUGCUGGAAAAGGAAAUUACUGAAUUCAAGCUGCUGCUAGAAAAAAGUAAACUAUCCGGUCAUCUCGGACGAUGUUGGACGAUGCUAUCCGGCUUGCUCAAAAAUGCAUUUUCAGGGCAAUGGUUGGUGAACUACAUCUUCUGCGGUCGCCAAGAAUUAUCACAGCUGGACCCGGACUUUUCAAUUUCCCAAGAAUCAACACCGCAAAUGGUGACUGUUCCAAAGUUUGCUGUUGGCGCAGCGGAGCAAGGAUCAUCCUUAGAAGAGCAUGUCAUUCAAAAGGGUGCAUUCGGGCUGGAGACAAUUCCGUUGCUUCAAGAGGCAGAGCAAAGACGAUCAUCGUUCAAUGGUACUGCACAAUUUCGCAACAAUUUUGCUGCAUUGUGUUAA